AUGGGGGCUAGACCUCCAGCAACAAUCACGUGGUGGCUAGGCGGAAAAAAGCUAGAAGCCAUCACUAAGGAUUCGGGUGUUGCGGACGCGAACGAGACCGAGUCGUUACUACAAUGGAUGCCAUCAAAGGACAAUAAUGGUCAAGUUCUUACGUGCAGAGCAGAACAUCCGAACUUUAACCAUUCUAGCAUUGAAAGCAAACUGCAGUUGAAUGUAUAUUAUAUGCCAGAAGCAAAGAUUCACCUUGGGGCUAAGAUGAACCCGAAUGACAUUGAGGAGGGUGAUGACGUGUACUUCGGGUGUAAGGUGGAUGCCAAUCCGCCUGCCUACAAAGUUGUCUGGGAACAUAAUGGUGUUCUACUGCAACACAAUCCUGCGAACGGUGUUAUACUGACGGGAAACACCAACCUGGCACUACGGAACGUGUCCAGACUUCAGGCAGGGCGGUAUACGUGCACCGCUUCCAACGUCGAAGGGGACGGCAAGUCUCCAUAUUUGCAUAUGCAAGUUGUUUAUAGACCAUUAUGCCAAAGAAAAGAGAUGAAGAUAAUAGGAGCAGCUUUACAAGAGCCUACAACGGUCACAUGUGAAGUCGACGCCUUUCCACCACCAGACACCUUUGAGUGGACCCUCAACAACUCAGCGGGUUCCAUAAAAGUCGAUCCCGAUCGUUUCACAGUAGAAGGGAAAGAGGGCAAGUCUCUACUGACGUAUACGCCGGUGUCCGAUGUCGACUACGGGACGUUAUCGUGUCGAGCAACCAACUUGGCUGGCCAGCAAGUGACGCCAUGUGUGUACACGCUACUGCCAGCGACGAGGCCAGACCCGCCCACCAAUUGUACUGUGUACAAUCUCACUCAUGAUUCGAUGGACCUUAUGUGCUUACCAGGUUACGAAGGUGGACUCCAAUGCAUCUACAUAGUUGAAGUAUGGGCUGCUGAAGGUUUAGUAGUCAACGCGAGCAAUGGAGGUGCGCUGUGGAACCUAAGAAGACUUGGAGCUAACAGACAGUUGAGGGUGGUGGUGUACGCAGCUAAUGCACGUGGAAGGUCCGAACAUGUCACUUUUCCUGUGGAAACUGCUGUAAGAUUGGCCCCGAGGACUGAACCGCAAGAAGCAUGGGAAGUGAAUUGGGCUGUCGGCGUGUUUCUCGGCGCUGCGUUGACCAUCGCUUUUGUUCUGUGCCUCGCUCUCAUUGCAACGAAGCUACGACAAAGAUCACGGGAUUAUGAAGUAACUCUUCCUUCAAUAAAAAAUCAGAAAGUGAUCGUGCAGAAAAGGAAUUCUCCUCAAAAUGCUGAUGACAAGAAUCCAGAUCUUAUCCCGUUAAGCAAAGGUGUAACGGAGGCUCCUCCAGAUCCGCCCUUAUACUCUGCAAUUGCUCAACCAAAGAACUCAAACAGCGCGCACAGCUUGCAACGCACACAAACGCCGGUGACGCCAAUCUCAUCACACGCACAUUAUACUGAUAUGCAGAAUGAUUCCGGUCGAGGUAUGAUCAAUGGUGCAAUGAGGUCGCAUCGAGAGAUUGUUACCACAAGGACGCCGUUGUUAGCGGCACAUCAAGAAAGCUGUGUAUAAAAGCCAUAUCCAUUUUUAUUUAAUAAAAACAUUCUUGUAAAUGUGAAAAAACUAAAGUAAAUAUAUUGUUAUGACGUUAUCUGAUUUUAAUUCGAUUCGCAAUAACAGUAAUGCGUUCUAGCAGUUAUAAAAUUAAGACAAUGACUGAUGAACAAUUAUUAAGUAAAAAAGAUUAUUAGAAAAAUUAUUGAAGUAAAUUGUUUUAAUAAUAAUAUUAGUUAGAUACUCUUUAAGAGAAAUGACGGAC